AUGCCAAUGAUGGUGAGUGGUUGGAAGAUUGACAGUGCAGUGCAGUGCACCCUCAAAGGCCAGUUUGUGGUGGUAUCUGAUAAUGUGACCCUUCCUCCCCAGGAUCUUGGGUCCAUCCAGUUGGUGGACAGCAGUUCCCCCAGCUGCAGCCCUGUGACCAGCCUGUCCAGCUUUGUCAUGUACCAGUUUCCAGUAAGUGCCUGUGGCAGCACAGUUCAGAUGGCUGGUGGCAACGUGACUUGCCAGAACACCAUGUCUGCUGCCAUCACUGUGAGGAGUGGUCCAGAGGGCUCCAUCACCAGGGACAGUGUCUACAAGUUAUUCUUCCAGUGCACCUACUCGGGAAGCCAGGAUGUGCAAGUGGAGGCUGAGGUGUAUCCUGUGACACCAACUCUGCCAGUAGUAGAGCAAGGGCCAUUUGACCUGGAAUUGGUCAUUACCACAGAUUCCUCCUAUGGCUCCUACUACGUGGAUGCUGACUACCCUGUGACAAAACUCUGA